UUAUUAGGGUUUCCUUCAUUUGAUGAGACUGAGAGGAGAGCAGAGUAGCCGCUGUUUCUUUCUCAGUUUCUCUAUUCUGUCAUCGGAAAACUAAAAUGAAGACUAUUCUCUCAUCGGAGACGAUGGACAUCCCGGAGGGAGUGGAGAUCAGGGUUCACGCCAAGGUCAUCGAGGUUGAAGGCCCACGGGGAAAGCUUGUCCGCAAUUUCAAGCAUCUAAACCUCGAUUUCGAGCUCAUCACUGAUCACACCACCGGAACUCGUAAGCUCAAGAUUGAAUCUUGGUUCGGUACCAGGAAGACCAGUGCCGCUAUCCGUACGGCUCUCAGCCACGUCGAUAACCUCAUCACCGGCGUCACUAAGGGAUACCGUUACAAGAUGCGAUUCGUCUACGCCCAUUUUCCCAUCAAUGCCUCUAUCUCCAAUACCGGCACCUCUAUUGAGAUUCGAAACUUUUUGGGCGAGAAGAAGGUAAGAAAGGUGGACAUGCUUGAUGGAGUUUCUAUUGUCAGGUCUGAAAAAGUUAAAGAUGAACUUGUUUUGGAUGGCAACGAUAUUGAGCUUGUGUCUCGGUCUGCUGCCCUCAUAAACCAGAAAUGCCAUGUCAAGAACAAAGAUAUUCGUAAGUUUCUCGAUGGUAUCUAUGUUAGCGAGAAGGGAUGUAUCCAAGUGGAGGAAUGAAGAGUAAGAAAAGGUUUGAAGCAUGGCUUUGGCGUGGUGGAGUUGGACAGCAGCAGAAGCCCACGUGGGCUGAAGAGAAAGGAGAGAAGGAGAAAAAGGAUCUGCCAUAACCAAUGGGUCGCUGCCACGUCGUCGCCUGUUGAAGAGGAAAAGGAAACGCUGAUUGGGCUGCUGGAGGGAGAAAUGCUUGGGCCUGAGCUGCUCUUUUUUUUUUUGGGCUUCUUUCCAAUUCUUUUCUUUCUUUCUUUCUUUUUCAGCAAAAUGCCACAAUAAUUUUUAGUUCCUAUAAAAUAACAACAAAUUAAAUUCAAAUUAAAUAUUUUCAAUAAACAAAUAUAUUUCAUUGAUUCUAUAAAAAUAUUAAUUUAAACUUAAUUUAUUUUAAACUUUAAGACAAA